GUUGUCUAACUGUUAGUUAAAGGUACGUUUUAUGAAUUUAAUUCUCAAGUUAAAUUAAGGCAGAAAAUCAUCAAUAGCAAUAAACCGUCGAACAUUGAAUAAAGUGAUUACAAACCUUAGAAACUAAUACGUUUUAGGUCUGUGCGCUUCAGAUCGUGUUAACGAAAUUUAACAUUAAGUAAACGCUGCCUGCAGUACCUGGCCAAAAAGACUAUGAGAUAACAAAACUACAUAGGUCAGUGCAAAAAGAUCAUUCACCACCACAGUCCACCACUAUUAUUACUAACCAAAACAAUAAGUCAUUGAAAAUGCUGUGUUGUGUGAGCUGCAAAAUUACUGCUGAUGUCUCUGAAUCCACGGGGAUUACAUUUCACGAUCACUUCUUUGUCCACGGAACUUGUGACAAAUCAUGAAAAUGGAGACCAAUCAACUGAUAUAACUGAAGAACUAGAUAUAGUAACAUUCGAAAACAAUUCUGAUAUCAAAUCUUUUACAAAUCACGAAAAUGAAGAGCAACCAACUGAUACAGAUGAAGAGUUAGAUGUAUUAACUUUCGAAAACAGUUCUGAUAUGAAAUCUUUUAUUUGUAUGUUAUGCGAUUAUAAAUGUGCAAAUGAAAGUCAAUUAAUGAGGCAUGUGAACACCCACACUGGUGAGACAUCUUUUGCUUGUGAGCUAUGCAAUUAUAAAUGCAAAAGGCAUAGUACUCUUGUGAAUCAUGUGAAAAAUCACAAUGUAGAAAAACUUUUCGCUUGUGAGUUAUGCAACUAUAAAAGCAAAAGCCAUAGUAGUUUUACAAACCAUAUGAGAACUCACACGGGAGAGAAACCAUUUGUUUGUAAGAUUUGCAACUAUAAAUUCACCGAGCAUAGUAAUUUAGUAAAGCACAUGAGGACACACACUGGCGUAAAACCUUUUGUUUGUAAAUUAUGCGGUCAUAAAUUUGCAGUAAAAAUUAAUUUAGUGAACCACAUGCGGACUCACACCGGCGAGAAGCCUUUUGCUUGUGAGUUAUGCAAGUAUAAAUCUAAAGAAAAAAGUGGUCUAGUGAGGCAUAUGAGUACUCACUCAAAUAGUAUAAAACCUUUUUGUUGCAAGUUUUGCAAUCAUAAGUGUGCAACAAAUUAUAGGUUAGUGGUGCAUAUGAAAACUCACACUGGUGAUAAACCUUUUGCUUGUAAGUUAUGUCAGCACAAAUUUGUAAAUAAAAGAGACUUAGUGAAGCACAUGCAAACUAAAUCCCAUAAAAAUGAUUCGGAAAAGUUUGUUUAGAGGUGAACAUACGCAGGUUAUGCUGCACUGCACAGUUUGCGUUUAGUUUUCAUAAGUCGAGUUUGAACUUAUUGAAAUGACAACUUCUCAAGCGCAUUGGGUUAUUUCGGUAUGGGUAAAAACUUCAAGGUCGCGUCACCCCACAUCCUUUAAUAGUGCUCGGCACCGACAGAUGUAAAAACAACUAUUGUUAGUGGUUUUAAUUUACAAAUUCUGAAAAUUUUAUUUUUUGAUACUACCUACAAUCAAUUUAAAAAUCCGAAAACGUUCACUGUUAUUACAUAUUUAGAUUUCUGUCGGUAUCCCCUACUGACUGCCAGUACUCAUUCUGAGCACAACUAAAUUUUAGAGUAUUCGCAUCCUCUUCUUACUAAUGUAAUAUGAAAAGGACAGACAGUUCAAACCGCGUGACUUUAAGUGCUAGUCGCGAGCCUACAAUCCGACAAGGUUCUUUUAGCACAUGAGUGAGGGCGCUAUUGUAGCUUUAUGCCGACACAGCGAACUAUCAACAAGUGCACUGUUAAAGAUGGCGGCUUUAGUUCCGAUUUUGGCCACGCGCCAGAAGAGUCUUGUCGGACUGUAUUGAAGCUAUAUUAAAAAGAUGCAGAUACUUUAAAUUCAGAUUUAUUUUCGAGAAAUAACGGAAUCGCCUAAUGAUAAUAUUUAGGUAUCGUCAUAUACCAUUUUUUUUAAUUUUCCAAAGUAGUAAUAAAGUAUAGUAAAUAGACUAGAAUGUUGAAUGUAAAAGAAAUUAUUACACGUAAUAGUUUUGUGUUAAAAUCGGCAACAAUUGAUUUUAGUUAAGCAACAAUCAGAUGCGUGAGAGUGUAAGCUGUGGGAAAUGUGUGUUGUAAGCAAAAGCAUAUAACACAAUCGAAGAUUAUGUAAAUGA